AGUGAAAGAAAGGGUGUGUGCAUGUGUGUGUGAGUGAAAACGAGACAGGGAGAGAAAAGCAUUAGGUCUUGGAAGUUACAGCAGCAAGGAAUAGACAGAGGAAGGAAGGAAGAAAAGGCAGGUGGCAGCAGGUUAUUACCACAAGCCAUGAAGAUCAUCUUUGGAGUUCUACUUCCAAUUGCUCUUCUUUUAAUUUCAGAGGUACAAAGCCAGCGGCGACGUCCUGAUAAACCUACUAAACCACCAAGAAGAACUACUCGUCCCCCACCACCAAGAACUCCUCGACCACCCAUACUACCAUCUGAACCAGAAGAACCUACUGAUCUCCCUCCACCCCUUCCUCCAGGUCCACCAUCUAUUUUUCCAGACUGCCCCAGAGAGUGUUACUGCCCCCAUGACUUCCCCGAUGCACUGUAUUGUGACAGUAGGAAUCUCAGACAAAUCCCUACAAUUCCUUCAAGAAUCCAGUACCUCUAUCUUCAAAAUAAUUUCAUUUCUGAGCUUGCAGAAGAGCCUUUUAAAAAUGCAACUGACCUCAAAUGGAUAAAUCUGGAUAACAAUCGAAUCAAAAAAGUUGAAAAGAAAUUUCUUGAAAAAUUGAAUAAUCUUCUCUUCCUGUACUUGGAAAAGAAUAACUUACAGGAGGUACCUGCAUCACUUCCACAGAACUUGGAACAGCUCCGUCUCAGCAGAAAUCAGAUCACAAAGAUUCCUCCAGGUGUCUUCAGUAAGCUGGAAAAUCUUGUCCUUUUGGACCUGCACCAUAACAAACUGAGUGAUGGUGCUUUGAAGAAGGACACAUUUAAAGGACUAAAAAAUUUGGUUCAGUUAAACUUAGCCCAUAAUAUUCUCCGCAAAAUGCCUCCAGGAGUACCACAAAGCAUCCACCAGCUCUUUCUAGACAGAAACAAUAUUGAAGACAUCCCCACUAAUUAUUUUGAUGACUUCAGUGAUCUUGCAUUUAUAAGGCUGAACUUCAACCAGCUAUCUGAUGAAGGUGUGCCACAGAACACCUUUAAUUUAUCUAGUCUUAUGGUUUUGCAGCUGUCGAACAACAGGCUCAACCAUGUACCAUUCUUUGGCCCCAAACUAGAGCACCUAUACGUCAACAACAACCAAAUACAUAGCAUCAAUGCAACUAAGUUAUGUCCUUACCCGAUUGAGGCUAUUGAUAUAUCCGGUGAAGACCAAGCAAGAGUUCCUCGUUUACGUUACCUGAGACUGGAUGGAAAUGCCUUAGCACCACCAAUUCCCUUGGAUCUCAUGAUGUGUUUCAGGCUCUUACAUUCUAUUAUUUUUUAAGACUGGGUGCGGCUUAUAAUGACAUAUCCGAAUACCUGGUGUUCAGCUUGAACUAAUAUCUUGUCUCAAACUUAAAUACAAGACAUAAUUGAGCAAUGUUGCAUCACCUUUCAGAUCUGAUCCCUCACAUCUUAACAGAUGAGGAUAAGGCCUCCAAGGCUAAGUUAGGGUGAUUCUGCCUAACUGCUAUGGACAAAGUUACAAAGAACUGAUCUUUGUUUUUGCUAGGCUGUGUAUUAGUCAAAAGAUUAUAUGUGCAGCUCUGAUAUUUUUUUUUUGUUUGUUCACAAUAAAUAUUAAACAAACAUUUUCAGUUGUUGCUGAAGUAGGGCUUAAUAUAUAGUUGUACCAUUGCAUGACUAUGUAUCUGAGUAUUGUUAUUUAUAAAAAUAGUGCUUAAAAUGAAAAAAAAAAUGUGCUAGAAUGCAAAUGCCUUUAAUGAUUUCAUUGCAAAAUUUAUGUUCAUAAAUCUGAAGCAUACUUUGUUUUUCUUUGAUGUUAUCUGCGUACUGUUACAUGGGGCGUGCUUAAUUUGUUCAAUACAAUGAAAGUAUAUUUAAAGAUGACAAGUUUCCUUUUUACUACUACUUGAGAAGAAAACAUUAGAACAUUGAGAGCUGAGCUCUUAGGGCAUGGCUGCAUUGUACAAUAUAGUAAGACUGAUUGUGAAGACUCAUCUGCUUAAGCUCAGUAAAUUAUGCAGUAGCUAACUUCAUUUAUGGCUGAAAAAAAUUGCAAAAUGUGCUACACUUAAAUAUUCUGAAAGGCAUGCUAAACAAUGCAAUUCAAAGAGACAGGAGUUAUAGUGAAAAAAAACACAAUGUAUAUAUACAUAAGUUGACAUGACAUAGCUUUCUACAUUUUUUGUGUAAACGUACAUCUAUGAAAGGCUCCAAUGCAUAACUCGGCAAUAUCUGCGGAAGUAUUUGCCUCAUUACCCAGUACCCACAGCACUGUUUAAAUGCAUCUUUGAACAUGUUUUACUUCUGUCCAGUCUGCCACUGUGUCCACUGCAAUGAAUACUUUAUUCUUACAUUUUGAAUCAUGACAUAGAAUAAUUGUUUUGAGGAUAUGCAAUUCAUUGUUCAGUGCAUUUAACGUGCUAAUCUGUUGAUCUAAAUCAGUGGUUACUAUGUACUCUUGCAAUAAUGUUUUCAUGUCAUGCUGGUUCCUAUAUCAUGGCAUUGAAAAUAAAAAGGGAUGUAUUUAUGUUACUGAUAA